GCGACUGAGUCCGAGUGAAGCCAUGGGCCAUAGCGAGCGCGUCUCCCAGUGAUUGUGUAGACAGUGAGCUGAGCUGCCCCAUCUGCCUGAGCACGUUUGACUGCCCCUCUACGCUGAGCUGCGGCUACUCGUUCUGCCUCCGGUGUCUGGAUGGUGCCUUGGAGACAGCAAGCAGCUUCAGCCGCCCUCAGAGCGGCCCCAGCUGAAGAGGAACGUGGCGCUCACCAACCUGGUGGAGCAGCUCAGAGUUGGAGAGAGGAUGGCCGGAGUUGUCUUCUGUGACGGCUGUGAUGAUGGGGAGACUCCUGCAGUGAAGACCUGCCUCAGGUGUGAGACUUCCUUCUGUGAGUCCCACCUGAAGCCUCAUCUGAAAAACCCCAAGUUGAUGGACCACGUCCUGGUGGCUCCCAUUGUCAGCCUGGAGGAAAGAAGAUGCAAGAAGCACAAAGAGGAGCUCAAAUUCUACUGCAAGCAGGAUGCGAGUCUGGUGUGCAUGGCCUGUACCAUUACCGGAGAACAUAGAGGGCAUGAUGUGGAUACACUGGAGGAUGAGCAUGAGACACGAAAGAGUAGAGUCGGAGCGAAGACGCGAGCGGUGGAGGAGAAGAAGAAGAAGGCGGAGGCAUCCGUGGGACAGAUGAAGGCCACUCGCAAGGACGUGCAGGAUUCUAUGGCCCAGACCAAGGCUUGCAUCUCAGGGGAGUUCACCCGCAUGAGAGCGACGCUGGAUGAGGACGAAAGGGCGACUCUGGAUCGCGUGGACAUGAACGGGAUCGAGCUGCUGUCCCAGAUCGAGGAGAACAUCGCUCAUUACGAGCAUGAGAUCAGCGAGCUGCAGGCAGCAGCCACGCGCCUGCGCGCUCUGCAGGAGGAGAGGGACUCGCUCACGUUUCUGCAGGUUCACCUGAAGGAGACAAACCGGAGAGAUACUCAGAAGGGAACUCCACCUCCAUCUCCCAAGGAAGAGGACAUCGCCUCGAUAAGAAACCAGCUGGCGUUCAUGUACGGACGCUCACCGACUGUGGACCAAAACUCGGCCUACAAGAACCUCCAGAUUUCUUCAGAUCUCAGGACGGUGACGCGGACCGCUGUCUCCCAGGGUUGCCCCGAUCACCCACACCGGUUUGAUGUCUAUGCACAAGCCCUGUGCUCCGAGAACUUCUCGUCGGGUCAGCACUACUGGGAGGUGGAUGUGGGGGGUGCGGCGGGGGGCUGUGAGGUUGGAGUCGCGUAUGGGACGAUCGCACGGAAAGGGAGUGGUGAAGAGUGCAGCCUAGGACAGAACGACUCAUCAUGGGUUUUACGUAAAAAUAACAACAGCUGCUUAGUGCGUCAUGGUGAUGUAGUGACCUCAGUGCCUGUGAGGGAUCCUCACCGGAGAGUCGGGUGUCACCUGCACUGGGAGGCGGGGCUGCUGUCGUUUUACCGCGCCGACUCCAUGGAGCUGUUGCACUCCAUCCACCACUCGUUUAGUCAACCGCUCUACCCCGCACUGUGGGUGGGUGGUGUUGAUGGUAACUCAGUGAGGAUUCUGGAUCUGAGUCGUGCGUCCUGAGAGCACGGAGUGUGAGCAGCGUAGAGAAACGGGCACAACGCACAGACUCACGCACACAAAGACACAGAUCCCCCGUGUAGCCUUAACAAAGUGUUGGGGCAAGUGCUGGUAGCGAGCACGUAUGAAGGCCGCCAAGGCACUCGAGGAGGUGGGUGGCCAACACCACGCCUGGACGCCUUUGUCUCCCCAGGGGUUAUAUUUACACACCAUUCCAGAAACUAAUUUGAGGCUGAGUCGACCUAGGGGAGGCCCAUGACCGGUUCACCAACACCAGUGACGAUUAUCAGAAUCGGUCCUGGGUUUCCCCUAGGUCGACUAAGCCUCAAACGAGUAUCUGCUGCGGUGUGCAAACAUUGCCACUGGGGAGACAACGGUGGGUCGGGCGUGGUGCUGGUCACCGACCCCCCUCGUGUGCCACAGUGCCGGCCUUCAUAGGUGCUACAUGCAAACAGCACUUGCCCCUACAGUUUUGUAAGGCUGCACGGGGGAUAAUUGUAUUGUAGUUAGUGGGUUUGGUGUGUACGCCUUUGUCUGCGUGUCUUUGGUAUUGUGUCUGUGUCUUUGUGUGUGUGUGUGUCUUCGUGUGUUUUUUUGUUUUGGUGCUGGCCACCCACCCCUUAGUGCGCGAGUGUGCCAGACUUCACAGCCUCUGCUACUUGCUACGAACAGCCCUUUCCCCAACAGUCUGUGAUGGCUAAAUAGACACAACAACAACCGCCAUUCGCCACUAAGUGGUGGUGACAUCACCACGACGCUUGUGCCAGGCUAUGUGCACCUUGAGGCCAUGUGAAGUGUCAAAUACCCGCUGGCAGGAGGUCUUGGGGCAGGUGCCACGGGUCGACUGACCUUGAUGACUGGCUGAUGCACCACCUGUGCCCACUACUGUGCCAACUUGCUGUGCUUUAGCCACCCAGCGCUCUGCUCAUUGUUGUGAGCAUCGCUCCUCCACCCUUCGUUGUUGUUGGAGGGCAACUUCCUCUAACUGCCCAGUAGUGUCCUUCACGAACCUCCUCCACAGAGGCCGAUCUUGACACCGCUGGUACCAGUCAUCGGCAAGUCCACUCAGCUCCACGUCCCCCUGUACCACAUCACUCCAUCUCUUCUCAAGCCCGUGCCGCGCCCGUUUAGCCCCCUCGAACUGGCCAAACAAAAGCUCCACUCUCUCCACAACUGCCCCAUCACCGAUUGGAAGUUGUGGGGGUGGAGUGCCCGAUGGUACAGUAUACCCAGGCAGGUGCUUCGUUUUGGUGGGGCUGAUGGUGAGGCCCCACCUCUUCCCUAACUCACCCAGACCAAAAUAUAAAAUGACGUAAUUAAUACUCUUUGGUUCUUUCAGUAAAGUCACAUAGUUAGAAAUAAAAUAAAAUAAAACAAAUCACGACGUUUCGAUCGCAACACAAGCAGUCGUCAUCCCUUUGCCUGAUGUGGAAGAAUACCGCCUCCUCGCUCACUGUGGAUAGCGGCGACCUGAGUGGCGAAUGUGUGAGGGAAUGAGUGUGUGAGGGAGUGUGUGUGAUUGGUUAGCGGGUGACAAUGGUCGUGGUGGAGUCCCAGCACUGCGGCCUGGUGCCCCAGGGAGCCUCGGUCUCGCCUGGCUCAGCGGCGGGGCUUGGCUCACCCUGGACCUGCUGGAGCUCGAGCUUCGAGGCCGAGGCCGCUUCGGGCUUAGAGGAUGAGGCGCUGGGCGUGCGGCCUUGGCAGCCCCGCAAGAGGCAGCGGCUCUCGCAUCUCUCGGCCAAGGAGAAGCUCCUGGGACGACGCAGCCUCUUGGCCGUGAUGGCACGGAGGAGGCCGUGAUGGCGUGGAGGAGGCCGUGAUGGCGUGGAGGAGGCCGUGAUGGCGUGGAGGAGGCCGUGAUGGCGUGGAGGAUGCCGCGAUGGCGUGGAGGGGGCCGCGAUAUACUCACUCAUCUUACACUGACUCACUCACACAUCAUACAAUCACUCACACAACCACUGACCGAUUCACUCAUCAUACACUGAUUCACUCAUCAUACACUCACUCAUCAUAUGCUGACUCACUCACACAUCAUACACUGGGAGUGUCAUGCUGCCAGCUAUGGCUGUACGUUUGGUCGUACAUGUUAUGGAUAUCGUUAAUUGUUAAAUUUGAAUCACAGUUCUUAUGAAUACUGUUGUUACAUUGUUUUUAUAGCUUUAUUUUGGUGAUUAAAAAACAUAUGGUUAAGCCAUGUUUCUUGCGAAAGUGCGGAGUUGGCCUGAUAAAUUUAAUCUAAAUUGUCUGAUGGUUGUUAUUGUUUGACUUGCACCACACUGGGAUUUUUGCACACAGUAUUGUAAUACGGUGUUUUUUUCUGGAAGAUUUGCUGGUUUAUCCAGGAUGGUUCUGUUGCGCGUUGUCACUUUAAGAUGUUUUCUGUUCAUAAUUUUUUUGUUGCGGUUGCACCCGACUCAAGGGCCGCAUGGCU